CCCAAUCCAAAACCGCCGUCACCAUUCUCCCACUAUUGGCGUUGGAAAAGACGUGAUCAUAACCUUGCCUCCACCGUCCACUCCCCCACUCUGCAGAAAACCAAAACUCACAGAUCGAUCGAUCUAUCCUCCGCUUCUCUCUCUCUCUCUCUCUCUCUCUCUCACUAUGUUUACUCUCUCUGCAACGCCAUCCACCGCAUUCCUCACGCCUAGGAUUUCGCCGUCGUCUCUUUCCUCCUCCGCCUCCGCUGCUUACUCUUCGUCACCGUCGUCUUCUUCUCGGCUGUGCUUGGUCUCUUUGAGGUGGCGGAGCUCCGCCUGUCCUUGCUUGUUUUCCACCUUGAAGGUGACUGCCAUGGCGGAGCUGGUGAAGGACACGGAGUCGGCUUCUUUGUCGCCCAUUCAGUGUGCAGAGAAGAGGGAGACUAACCAUUCUCGCACCUUUCUCAACGCGACCACUGAACAAGAGCUGCUGUCUGCAAUAAGGAAGGAAACAGAAGCUGGCAGGCUUCCCUCAACUGUUGCUUCAGGAAUGGAAGAAUUAUAUCAGAAUUAUAAAAAUGCUAUUCUUCAAAGCGGAAAUCCCAAGGCAGAUGAGAUUGUGUUGUCAAAUAUGACUGCUGUGUUGGAUCGUGUAUUCUUGGAUAUAGAGGAUCCAUUUAUCUUCUCACCAUAUCACAAGGCAAUGCGAGAGCCUUUUGAUUACUACAUGUUUGGUCAAAACUAUAUUCGUCCUUUAGUUGAUUUCAGAAACUCAUAUGUUGGCAACCAUUCCAUUUUCUAUGAAAUUGAAGAGAAGCUUCAGCAGGGUCACAACAUCUUUUUGAUAUCAAACCACCAAACUGAAGCAGAUCCAGCUGUCAUUGCCUUGUUGCUUGAAUCAACAAACCCACAUCUCGCUGAGAAAAUGACCUACAUAGCAGGAGAUAGGGUUUUGACAGAUCCUCUUUGUAAGCCUUUCAGCAUGGGGAGGAAUCUGAUAUGUGUAUACUCCAAAAAGCACAUGAAUGAUGUUCCUGAGCUUGUUGAUAUGAAAAGAAAAGCAAACACACGGAGUUUGAAGGAAAUGGCAGUGCUAUUGAGGGGCGGGUCACAGAUUGUAUGGAUUGCACCUAGUGGUGGCAGGGACCGGCCAGAUCCUGCAACAGGAGAAUGGUACCCAGCACCUUUUGAUGCUGCUUCACUGGACAAUCUAAGAAGGCUUGGUGAACAUUCUGCUGCGCCAGGGCAUAUAUAUCCCUUAGCAUUGUUGUGUCACAACAUCAUGCCCCCUCCACCCCAGGUAGAAAAAGAAAUUGGAGAAAGGAGAAUGAUCUCCUUCCAUGGUACUGGAUUAUCGGUUGCACCAGAAAUCACCUUCUCUGAUAUUACUGCUUCCUGUCAAAAUUCUGAAGAGGCGAGGGAGGUAUACACACAAGCUCUGUACGGUAUCGUUACUGAACAUUACAAUGUGCUGAAAGCUGCUAUACAUUACAAACAAGGACUAAACGCAUCCACUCCAAAUGUUUCUUUGUCACAACCGUGGAGUUAGUCCAUCUUUAAGCAGAUUGACUUCCUACUUUGCUUUCAUAAUCAGGUUAGGACUUUACCUUAAUUUUGCAACUCCUGACCGAAAGUUGAAGCUGAUGACCGACCAGAGUAUGCACUUUGCCAACAAGAUCGAAUUGAAGCUGAUGACCGACCAGAGUGUAAGUUCACCACCAUCUGAAAUCGAUGGAUUCUUUUUGUGCAUAUGGUUUUUCGGCAAGAGCUGAAUUCUUCUUGAAAUGGAGCUGUCUCGCAAGGGUUCAGUUUUUGGUGUAUACUGUGCAGAUGAAGCCAGUUGUUGACUCGCCAUGUAAAUCGAACCUCAGCUUCUUUCUAGUAGUAGAUGUUGAAUCAAUUUCAUUGUAGAACUUCUUCUUCGACAGCUGAGAAGUCUUACAUUUUAAAAGAGAAACCUUUCUAGCCGAGAUGACUGCCAUGGAAGCAAUUUAAUCGAGUGUUUAAAAUUGUCAUGGAACGAUAUCUGGGAACUCUUAAUCUGCACCAAGAAGUACCCUCGCGAAGAAGCUGGGGUUGCCCCCUCCUAGCAGCCAAAGCUACGAGUUCGGGAAGCAACUCGUGUGACAGCGCCUGUUGCAGCAGCAAGAGAACCCCCAUUGCAUUGUCUUAGGAGCAUACCAAAUGCUCCUUAACAUCUUGGAAACCUCCAUCAAAAUUGACCUUGAGCCACCCUUCUUCUUGUAUUAGUACGAAGAAGAGAGAGAGGUGUUACGUGAAUUAGUACGAAGACGAGAGAGUAGUAGUGCUGCGAAGGAGAAGGGGAGAGAGGAGAGAGAACAAAAGAAAGAUCGAGGAUACGAGUUACUGUCAUUCAAUUUACUUCUGCUGAAUGAAAAGUUACUUGUU